AUGUCUAUUCCCUUCAAAAGACUGCUGGUCUUACCGACCAUCCUUUCACAUCUGCCUUCGCCGAAAGGUGGUAGUUGGUGGAAUGGUCAUUGGAAGAGAAUUUCUGGAGAGCCGACUGGACAGCCUAUGCUUGACUGGAUACAGGAAGUUCCAAAUGACGGCAUCAUACGAUAUCUGGGAAUCUUAAAUUCGGAGAGAGUUAUGGUCACAAAUGCCAAAGCGCUCAGCGAAGUUCUUACCACUAAAAAUUAUGACUUCGUCAAACCGUCUACUCUUCGCCUCGGAAUAGGGCGUCUCCUUGGAAAUGGAGUUCUUUUGGCAGAGGGAGAUGAACUCCUCAGUUAUCUCGCGAGAAAAAACCUCAUGCCCGCAUUCGCAUUUCGGCAUAAUGGAAAUGAUGGAAAUAUUGACCAACCAGGAAAGGGUGUGGCAAUCAUAGAAGCCAUGCAGUGGGCAAGUAGAAUGACACUGGACAUAAUCGGAACGGCUGGCCUAGGCAAAGAUUUUGGUGCCAUCCAAGACCCUAAUACAUUACUCAAUAGGACUUAUAGGACUGUUUUCAAGCCAACACGCUCCGCGCAGAUUCUUGGAUUCCUCCAACUUUUCCUACCUGGAUGGUUCGUGAAAAGGAUACCCAUCAAGAGAAAUGGGGAGAUCGAGGAAGCUGCAGAAACUAUUAGAUCCGUUUGUAGAGAUCUCAUUCGUGAGAAAAAAGCGAAGCUAGAGAAAAAGGAGCUGACCGAUGUGGAUAUUUUAAGUGUCGCACUGGAAAGUGGAGGCUUUCCCGAUGAAAACCUCAUUGAUCAACUUAUGACUUUCCUAGCAGCUGGCCACGAGACCACUGCGAGUGCAAUGGCUUGGGCAAUCUAUCUACUCUGCGCAUACCCAGAAGUCCAAUCUCGUCUUCGGGAGGAAGUCCGUGCAAAACUUCCCAGUCCAGACUCAACUGCCACUGUCACAAACCAGGAUAUCGAUUACAUGCCUUAUUUAAACGCUGUAUGUAACGAAAUCCUCCGCUACUUUCCACCCGUUCCUCUCACUCUUCGUGAAGCAGCUGUUGAUACGAUUAUUUCUGGUCAUCGGAUUCCCAAGGGCACACGUGUAAUGCUUAUUCCAUGGGCCAUCAACAAAGACGAAAAGAUGUGGGGUCCUUCUGCGCGAAAAUUCAACCCUGAUCGAUGGUUGCCCGAGAAUGGUGACUCUCAUAAUACGAGCGGAGGAAGCUCAAGUAAUUAUGCAUUUCUUACUUUUUUGCAUGGGCCAAGAAGUUGCAUUGGACAAGCAUUUGCGAAAGCCGAGUUUGCUAUUUUGUUGGCGACCUGGAUUGGGAGGUUUGAGUUUGAGUUGAGGGAUAAGAAGAUGAUGGAUGAGAAGAAUUUGGAUAUUAAAGGGGGUGUAACGGCUAAACCGGCGAAGGGUUUGUAUGUUAAGGUUAAGGUUAGAGAAGGUUGGUAG